CGGGGCACGCGCUCGAGGAGGGCAAUGUCGGGCGCCGCGCCGGGCCGCGGUGUUAAAAUGUUGCGGCAGCCCAGUCGGGUGCUCUCUCAGUCGUGUCACGGAGGCAGCAGCCUGGAUUCGAUCCCUGGGGUUUGAGCAGGGCACAGAUGCCACCUGAGGGCGGCUCGGCUGCUGCCAGUGAGUGUCUCUGUUCGCUGCCAAACUCCCAGAGCAAGAGUAGGAGGAAACCUGCCAACUUCUUACAGAGAGCAAGUUGCCUCCAGUACACGUUGUGUGCCUGCUGGGACACUCAGGUGGUAAUGAAAGAAGCAAGCCAAAAAUAAUGGAGGAAGCAGCCAGACAAUCGGGGAGGUCCUUUCAAGUGAUCCAAACCCCCUCUACUGCUUCUGAAAAGGGAAGCUCCGUGUCCAUCUCGCAUGUGGAGUGUUGUCACACAGCUAAUAAAGAUCCCUUUGGCUCUCUGCUGCCAAGAUGUCCAGUAACAUACUUUCCUGUUUGUGCAUGGAACCCAGAUUGCCUUUGUAUGCCCUUGAUACCCUCAGCAAGAAGGAAUUUCAUUGAUUCAUCCCCAGUGGCUUUCAGUUUUGUGAGGGGGGCUCGUGUGCUGGCCAGGAGAGAAGCUGAUGGCUAUUACUACCUGGGCCACAUUGCCCAAGAGGUGAAGGGCUCCAGGGAACGCUUUUUAAUCGAGUUUGAUAAAAGUCACACUCGGAAAGGCAAGGUACAGCUUCAGGAAACGCCUCUCUACGACAUUCUCCACUACGAAGAUGCCAGGCAACAGCCACUUGCUCCAGGAGACAGGGUCUUGGCACCAUGGGAGGCUAGAGCUGAACGUUUUGGGCCAGCCACUGUGCUAAAGGUUAUGGAGAACAAGGAGGCACCUUUAGCAUGCAACAGAAGGGGAGUGCUUGUAAAUUUCUGGAAUGGGCAGACUAAGGAGGUGUCUUCUGACCAAGCUCUGCGGAUCCCUCUGCCCUUAAGCGAACGCAUCAUCCUAGAACUGCAGAUGCCUUCAGCAGCCAGGCAGAGGGUGAUAGAUUCAAGCUUGGAUUACCCAUACAUCGUGACACCGGGUUAUAGGGCCUCAGGCUAUUACAGACAGGGUCACUCAGACCUGGACUACUGGCCAGGGGGUCUGUAUUCGACUCAGCCAUGUGCUAAGUGCAGCUCAUGCAACAGAAGGGGAGUGCUUGUAAAUUUCUGGAAUGGGCAGACUAAGGAGGUGUCUUCUGACCAAGCUCUGCGGAUCCCUCUGCCCUUAAGCGAACGCAUCAUCCUAGAACUGCAGAUGCCUUCAGCAGCCAGGCAGAGGGUGAUAGAUUCAAGCUUGGAUUACCCAUACAUCGUGACACCGGGUUAUAGGGCCUCAGGCUAUUACAGACAGGGUCACUCAGACCUGGACUACUGGCCAGGGGGUCUGUAUUCGACUCAGCCAUGUGCUAAGUGCAGCUGUAGGUGCUCCUGGCUUCCCCGGUGCUGCCUUGCAGCCUGGGAACCCACACGGCCCACAGGGUGCAAAGUGAAGCAGGAAGAUGCCUUCAUCCCAGGAACAAACUCAACUAAAGAAGAGCUCAGCAAGAAAAUAGAAGAGCAGCUGUCUGAGGUGAAGAUUUCCUCUUCAGAAAGUGUUUCUAGAGAGGAACAGAAAAAGGAAGAUAAGAAAUUGAAGACAGAAAAUGCUCCAAAAGAUGUUCAGUCUUGUUUGGAAGAGGACAACAAGGUUAUAGAACCGAAGAAGAGUCCUCAGAGGGAGAUGGCUCAUGCUGUGGUCGAUGCUGCUGUCAACACAGAUCACUGGUUAAUGGAGACAGUCCACAAGGAAGAAGCAGACAUCAGAGACCAGAAUGCUGAAACUGAGGCUAAACACAAACAUGGUCUUUUUGAGUCCAGAGUGGCAGAAGCUCCAAUCCAGCAUUCCCAAAGGAGCCCUUCCCUGGGAACCAGCGCUCUGGUUCCUUUCAGGCGCCAAAGCUUCUUUGACCGAGUGAAUCAAUCACUAGAGAAAGACAGCCUGACCAUCAAAUCAGCUCUACGUGUACAGAGACCACACAGAACCUCCAGUGUGCAGGCUAGGAGAUCCACUAAUCUCCUAAAUCUUCUAAAAGACAAAAGCAUUACAAAAUCAAUCGUUACUGGUGCAUCUCCAGAGAGAUGGAAAGAGGUGGACUUCAACAGAGCCAAGAUUGAGCACAAAAGGCGGCAAGAGGAGCAGAGGCAGCUGAAGAGGGAGCAGCAGCAAGAGGCAGAUGCCAUCCGACGCCAGCUGCGCAGGGACAACCAGAGGCAGCGGUUGCGUCAGAGAACAUUGCAAGGGCAGGAGAAACAGCUGGAGCACAAAGACAGAGCUUUGCAGCACAUGGCACUGCUCCAGGCUGCUGGGGCAGAGAGGAGCAGGAAGGAAUCCUUCUUGUCAGAGGAGGAGAAGAGGAAAGCAAGCGAGAAGCUGCAGUUCUUAAAGUCACAGCGUUUGCGGAGAGAGGAGUUGCAGGCAGAACGCAACGAAAGGAGCUUUGAACAAGAGAAAGAACGGCUGGAUUUCCUCAGGAGCAGAAUGCAGUCACGGCAGGAAAUGCUGGAACAAGAAUCACAGGAGCAGGACAGGAAACAAAAAAAGCACGAGGCUGCCAAAGUGAGAGUGUUCCAGAGCAGAGGCCAUUCGUGCCGGAAGAUGGAAAAAGAAGGCCAAAAACUCUGUGACCUCCAGCAGUACCUCAGAGAACAGAACCUUUUGAUGCUCCGGGCAUCCCUGCUAGCAUAAGGAAGCUGCAGGGUGGGUAAGCAGGCCCUUGAGCAGUUCACAGGUCUGCUCUGUACCUUGUAGGUGUGAGUCCAUGCUGGAGCUUGGGUGCUUGAGUGCAGUUGUGACAAUUGGAAUUAUGAUUCCUGGAGAAGUCUUUAAUGUCCUUUUCAUUGCAGCCAGAGUGCGUUUCCACUGCUCUGUCCUUUACAUGCCUUUCUUUCUGGGGUUACUAUUCUAGUCCACCUCUGUCAAACUGUUCUUCUGUGACCCUCCUCACUGACCCAGCUCUGCAACCAAGAGCUACCUUGGUAUUUAAUAUGAAACAGCCACAGCGCUGAGUUUCUGCCCCAAAGGCAUCUGAAAGGGGCCAGGCUCUUUCUGCAGGACUCCAAGGAGUCAGCAGCCAUAGUGCUGAGUGUUGGAGGCUGAGGCUGGUGAAAGUGUCACUGGGCAAUCCAGAGUGGAGCACCAGAAGACCUGGGAGUUAACAAAAGUCAUUCAAAGGGCACAAGAUCUAGAGGGGCAUUAGGUUGUAGCUGCUUUCAAGAUGCCAAUGACAGAGAAAGGAAUUAGUUAAGUGAGGGCAUGGGCCAUACAAUAGAGUAGGAGGUGAAGAACAAGAAUGAAGGUCAGGAGAAAUGCCCUGGGAACCAAGUCCCUCAAGUGAAGUGGUGCAAGCACAGGCCCCAGUUAUGUCCUGCUAAUACAAGCCUACAGGGAAAUUAAAUACAGGCCUGAAAGGGCUUCUGCUGCUGAAUUCCGGGAACUUUCUGCCCUGCUGUGUUUCUUUCAGAGCAGCGCCAGAAAAGCACUUUUUUUUUUAAGGUCAAGGACCACAUAAAAUAGAAAGUGUAGCUACACAA